AACCCUCGUGUUUCCCUCUCUCUCUGUCCUCCUCUCUCUCUCUCCUCCUCCUCCUCUCACGCUCUCUCGUGCGAGGCUCAGUCGCUCUCCGCUGCUCAGUUCAACAUGUUGGCUGGAGAAUGCUGCGUGCGGCAGCGCUCUCCCUCCUGCCCUGGCGCGGGACCCGUCUGUCCCACCCGCCGCAGCUGAGCACUCUUCCAGAAGAGGACGAGCCCGAACGGCAAUACCAGGAGGAAGAAGAGGAAGACGAAGCCUCGGCGGGGAGUGCCGGGGUCCGCUCGGACCCCAUGUUCCAGCCGCAGAGAGCUUACCUGCUGGAGGGUCCAGAGGACAUGGUGAUGUCACCCGGGCGGCUGAAGUCUCCAGACUGGGUGUAUGAGUCGUACUACCGCAUGAGCCAGCAGCAUCCCCUAAUUGUGUUUCUGCUCCUCAUUAUCAUGGGAGCGUGCCUGGCUCUGCUCAUCGUGUUCUUUGCCUCUGGACUGGACAUGGAGGACCACAUGGCCUUCAUCAUCACUGUGCCCACGACCCUGGCCAUUUUCUUCACCAUCUUCAUCCUUGUGUGCAUUGAGUCCGUAUUCAAAAAGCUUCUUCGCCUCUUUUCCCUGCUUAUCUGGGGCUGUCUGGUUGCCAUGGGUUACCUCUUCAUGUUCUACGGCGGGAUCAUCUGUCCGUGGGACCAGGUGUCGUUUUUCCUCUUUAUUGUGUUUGUGGUUUUCACCAUGCUGCCGUUCUCCAUGAGGGAUGCCGUGAUCGCUAGCGUCCUCACUUCAUCUUCCCACACGCUAGUGCUUAGCAUCUAUCUCUCAACCACAAGCGACUACAUCGAGCCUCUCGUCUGGCAGAUCCUGGCCAAUAUCAUCAUCUUCAUCUGUGGAAAUGUGGCCGGAGCGUAUCACAAACACCUGAUGGAUCUUGCUCUUAAACAGACCUAUCACGACACCUGCAACUGCAUCAAGUCUCCCAUCAAACUGGAGUUUGAGAAACAUCAGCAGGAACGCCUUUUGCUGUCGCUGCUCCCCGCCCACAUUGCAAGAGUGAUGAAGGACGAGAUCAUCCAGAGGUUAAAGGGGCCAAACUUUGGCCAGAUAGAAAACACCAACAACUUCCACAACCUCUACGUACAGAGACACACCAAUGUGAGCAUACUGUAUGCUGACAUAGUUGGAUUUACCCGUCUAGCCAGUGACUGUUCACCUGGAGAACUGGUCUACAUGCUGAAUGAGCUCUUUGGCAAAUUUGACCAGAUAGCCAAGGACAAUGACUGCAUGCGGAUCAAGAUCCUGGGUGACUGUUAUUACUGCGUAUCUGGGCUGCCUGACCCUUUGAACGACCACGCUAAGAACUGUGUGAAGAUGGGGCUGGAUAUGUGUGAGGCCAUCAAAAAGGUGAGGGACGCCACCGGGGUUGACAUUAACAUGCGCGUCGGAGUGCAUUCUGGGAAUGUUCUCUGCGGCGUGAUUGGCCUCCAGAAAUGGCAGUAUGAUGUUUGGUCGCAUGACGUCACCCUGGCCAAUCACAUGGAGGCAGGAGGUGUACCUGGGCGAGUUCACAUCUCCUCUGUUACGCUGGAACAUUUGAACGGGGCAUACGAAGUCGAGCAGGGGAACGGACAGAGCCGAGACUCCUACCUGAAAGAGCAUGGCAUCAUCACGUACCUAGUCAUCAACCCGAAGGCAGAGAAACGAAGUCCGCUGCUCCCCUGCCGCCUUCGGCCCCUGUUGGACGGGGCCAAGAUGAGGGCAUCUGUCCGCAUGACGCAGUACCUCGAGUCCUGGGGGGCAGUCAAGCCGUUUGCGAAUCUCCACCAUAGAGACAGCAUGACCAAUGAGAACGGCAAGAUCAAUACACAUGAUGUGCCGUUGGGGCAGUACAGUUUUCAACAAAGGUCAGAAAGAACAAAAUCGCAGAAGAAGAGAUUUGAAGAGGAAUUGAAUGAAAGAAUAAUUCGCACCAUCCAUGGCAUCAACUCACAGAAGCAGUGGCUAAAAUCAGAAGACAUUCAGAGGAUUUCUCUGUUCUUUCACAAUAAGACCUUAGAAAAAGAGUACAGAGCAACAACUCUUCCAGCCUUCAAAUAUUACGUCACCUGCGCGUGUCUCAUUUUCUUCUGCAUCUUUGUAGUUCAGGUGUUAGUUUUGCCCAAAACUAUCGUUCUUGGGAUUUCAUUCGGAACGGCCUUCCUGCUGCUCACCUUCAUCCUAUGCAUUUGUUUUGCCGGUCAUAUACAGCAAUGGGGUAAAGCAGCCUUCUGCACUAUGCCCCGGCUCCCGGGCCCAUCUAAAGUCAUCACCAACAAGCCCUGGAUACGUCUUGCGCUCACCAUGGCAACCACUGCACUUAUCCUGGUAAUGGCCGUGUUCAACAUGUUCUUCUUGGGCGAUGACAGAAUGAUGCUGUCAGCUCCACUGAACGUAUCCAACAGCAGUACGGAUGGUUCAUAUGGAGAAAUCGCAAACUGCCCAAACAACAAGUUCUACUUGCCGUACUUCAUCUACAGCUGCAUUCUGGGAUUGAUCUCAUGCUCGGUGUUCCUGAGGAUAAACUACGAGCUAAAGAUGAUAAUCAUGCUUGCUGCUGUAGUUGGAUAUAAUGUCAUCAUUCUCCAGACUCAUGCAUCAGUACUGGAUCAUUACAGCAUGGACCUUUACCACCAAACCCAGCAACGACCGGGUGUUCUUAAAGAUUUGAAGACCAUGGGCUCUGUAUCAUUGUUCAUUUUCUUCAUCACUUUGCUCGUGUUGGCGAGGCAGAAUGAAUAUUACUGUAGGUUAGACUUCCUCUGGAGGAACAAGUUUAAGAGGGAGUGCGAGGAGAUCGAGACCAUGGAGAACCUGAACCGGGUGCUUCUGGAGAAUGUCCUACCUGCUCAUGUGGCUGAACAUUUCCUGGGUCGUAACUGGAAGAAUGAGGACCUCUACCACCAGUCGUACGAUCUGGUGUGCGUCAUGUUCGCCUCCAUCCCAGACUUCAAGGAAUUUUACACAGAAUCGGAUGUCAAUAAGGAGGGACUGGAGUGUCUGAGACUCCUCAAUGAGAUUAUAGCAGAUUUUGAUGAGAACACAAAAGAAAAAAUUUUGAAGAACGCUGGCAGCCAAGCAACAUUGGCCCCAUUGACUUCCAUUCUGCUGUCAAAACCCAAAUUCAGUGGCGUUGAGAAGAUCAAAACCAUUGGCAGCACAUACAUGGCUGCCACAGGGCUAAACGUGACCCCUGGACCAGAACACGCACAGGACCAUGACCGGCAGUACAUGCACAUUGGAACAAUUGUGGAGUUUGCAUUUGCUUUGGUGGGGAAGCUUGACGUCAUCAACAAGCACUCCUUUAAUGACUUCAGACUGCGAGUGGGAAUAAACCAUGGGCCGGUAAUCGCGGGCGUGAUCGGAGCACAGAAACCACAGUAUGACAUCUGGGGAAACACGGUUAACGUGGCCAGUCGAAUGGAAAGCACCGGGGUACUGGGGAAGAUCCAGGUCACAGAGGAGACGAGUCGGAUCCUGAAGACGCUGGGUUACAUGUGUUCCUGUCGAGGGAUCAUCAACGUUAAAGGAAAGGGGGAACUCAAGACCUUCUUCGUUCACACUGAGAUGACCAGAUCUUUAUCACAGGGGAAUGUAAUGCCUUGAACCUCAGUCACACAAAAACACGCAAGAAUCGUUGUGAUCAAACAUCGAUUAAAUACAGUUGUACAGUACGUGUACAGUUAAAUACACCACCCAAACCCAACGUAGGACUAAUAUAGAGCUGUUUGGACCACAUACAGAUGUUUUUGCAUUGCUUUAUAAGUAAUGAAUGGCUGUGUAACUGAUCAUAACUGUGUUUCGCUCAAUCCAUUAUUUAAAUUCUUUUUGUAAAAUAAAGGAAUAUUAAAAAAGGUGGCCAUGUUUUGAUGCUAUCAUUUUGGUAUCCAUU